CAUGGCGUCGCAGUACUAUCUGGAAAUGCAAGAGAAUUUCAAAAAUAACAACAAAAGUCGUGAAUUCCCGGCACACAGCGCUAAAGUGCAUUCAGUUGCUUGGAGCUGUGAUGGCAGGCGACUGGCUUCUGGAUCAUUUGACAAAACGGCGAGCGUAUUUGUCCUGGAGAAAGAUCGUUUGGUGAAAGAAAACAACUACCGGGGUCAUGGGGACAGUGUCGAUCAGUUAUGUUGGCAUCCCACAAACCCAGACCUCUUUGUUACUGCAUCUGGGGAUAAGACCAUUCGCAUCUGGGAUGUUCGGACCACGAAGUGCAUUGCUACUGUGAACACAAAAGGGGAAAACAUAAACAUAUGCUGGAGUCCUGACGGACAGACUAUCGCCGUUGGUAACAAGGAUGAUGUGGUUACUUUCAUCGAUGCCAAAACCCACCGGUCACGAGCAGAGGAGCAGUUCAAGUUUGAGGUGAACGAGAUCUCUUGGAACAACGACAACGAUAUGUUCUAUUUGACGAAUGGAAAUGGCUGCAUCAACAUUCUCAGUUACCCAGAAUUGAAGCCCAUACAGUCUAUCAAUGCCCACCCAUCCAACUGCAUCUGCAUCAAGUUUGACCCCACAGGGAAGUACUUUGCCACAGGCAGUGCAGAUGCUUUGGUCAGCCUGUGGGAUGUGGAAGAACUUGUGUGUGUGCGCUGUUUCUCCAGGUUGGACUGGCCGGUGCGGACUCUGAGCUUCAGUCACGAUGGCAAAAUGCUGGCUUCAGCAUCUGAGGAUCACUUCAUUGACAUUGCAGAGGUUGAGACGGGAGAGAAGUUGUGGGAGGUGCAGUGCGAGUCUCCCACUUUCACCGUGGCUUGGCACCCAAAAAGACCUCUGUUGGCUUACGCUUGUGACGACAAGGAUGGGAAGUACGACAGCAACCGGGAGGCAGGCACCGUUAAGCUUUUCGGACUGCCCAAUGAUUCCUGAGGGCUGUCUGCACGCUGGUGUGCCAUGAGCGAUCCUCCACUCCGUUAUCGGUUAAUCGGGAAUAGUUGUGAUCUGGAACCUUGUGAUUGAAGCCACCGCAGAUCUUGCAGUGCCAUUAGUAAUUUUUCAGCACACAAGCAAGGAAACGUCAUCGUUUUGCAGUUUAAACUUGCGCGCGGCAAGUUUAAACUGCAAACUGUUUGCCAACCUUAUAAAAUGGCUUAUUAACAAGGUAGUUCUGUGCCUGAUGGCUUGGUUGUUUUUUUUUUUUUUUUUUUUUUCUUUUUUUUUCUUUUUUUUUUUAAGAACACAUGGGUAAUACACAAAUAUGAAUCUCUCAAUCCUAUUUUGGAGCAUUCAGAAAAUGCUGCUGAUUUUAAAAAAAGGGGUUACCAUACCCUUACAGUUUAAAAAAGCUUUUGUUUGUUCGCUUAAUUUUAUAGUCGUUGUAUUCACUAAUGGGGACCAACCAAGAAGAACCAAUUCUUUGGUGUUAACUUUCAUUCAAGGCCUAGCAGUAUCCUGUACACUUUCACAGACAGGACAAAGUUUGCAGAUGAACAACAAGGUUUCACUUCCUCAUUGUAUCCAGUAGGGGGCGUUGUCACCUUAUGAUGUUACGUUUGGAAAACGUGUUCUGCCACUGUGGCUUUACGUUUGAAAGCAAAUGUCAUGAAAUAGAUUUUUUUUUUUAACGUAUACUUUUUGUCCAUGGAAGGUGGAUUUUGUUGUACCAUUAAAAAUACAGAAUAUGAAA